AUGAUCAGCACAUGCAGCUCCUACGCCCCCAGGAGCUAUCUGGAGGAUUUUGAGGUCUUUCCGGAGAGGGACGAGAAGCUGGGCGCCGUAUACGUGGAGGCGGCCGACAAGGUAACCCUCAAAAAGAUCAGGGACAUUACCUUUGUCAACGCCAGGGACGUUCUGGGAAUCAUAUAUACCUCAAAGAGCGGCAACACCAGCAUGAAAUGGCGGCAGAUAAGGCGGUACAACGGCAAGGCAAGCGGCGAGGCGUCGUUAAACACCCUUGUCAACUUGGCCGAGGCCGGAGUCAUCACGCAGGAGUGGGCGGAAAACUACGCGAGGAAGAAGGCCCAGGAGCAGACCUCAAACAUAAAGAAGAUUAUUGGCUGA